UCUUCUCACUUCACUUCAAGUCCAACAUGAGCUGCCUCUGGAUUCUCCUCGCUGUCCUCAGCGUCGCCCGGACCUCCUCCACGCUGGACCCAGCAGGGCUGCGUUGCGAGUGCAAUGGUAACUCGGCGUCCUGUGUUUUCGAUGGAUCGGCUCUGCGCUGUGUCGACUGUCAUGGAAACACUGAGGGCCGCCACUGUGAGCGCUGCAAGAAUGGCUUCUACCAACAGGGGGCAGAAAAGAGCUGCACCGCGUGUCGGUGCAACAUCGCAGGGUCUGUCAGUAGCAGAUGUGACAGCAGGGGGCGCUGCAGCUGUAAAGAAGGCGUGACAGGAGAAAAAUGUGACCGAUGUCCUGACGGACCAAUCAGAGCCGACGGCUGCAUGAAAAGGCGUCAGGUCAGAGAGGAUUCUGGGAGUCUGUGUUUCUGCUACGGCCACAGCAGCCGGUGUUCGGGGCAGUCUGGUUACAGCGUCCACAACAUCACGUCCACCUUCACCCCCGGUCCAGAGGGUUGGUGGGCGGCGACAGAACAGGCCACCGCCCCCAGAGACAUUCACUUCCGUUGGUCACCCAAAUACCAGGACCUGGAGGUGAUCUCCAAAACCAGUUUGCCCAUCUACCUGUAUGCACCAGGGUCCUUCCUCAGGAACCAGGUGCUGAGUUACGGUCAGAACUUCUCCUUCUCUUUGCGUCUGGACCGCGGCGUGAGAUACCCGUCCAGCAGUGACGUCAUCCUGGAAGGUUCUGGUCUGCGGGUCACGGCCUCCCUGGGAAACCUGCUCUCUGUCGUCCCUUGUGGCAAGAAGAUUAACUACAGCUUCAGAUUGGACGAGCAGCCCGGCAGCCCGUGGAGACCUCAGCUGUCCCGGCUCCAGUUCCAGACUCUUCUCCAGAACCUGACUGCAAUCAAGAUCCGAGCCACGUUCGGCGAGAACGGACGUGGUUACCUUGACAACGUGCAGCUGGUCUCAGCCCGGCGGGGGCCCGGGGUUCCGGCCCUCUGGGUUCAGGGCUGCAGCUGUCCGCCGGGACUGGAUGGGGAGAUGUGCGAGCGCUGCUCUGCGGGGUUUAAACGGACGGUUCCUGCAGACGGAGCCUUCAGUCCCUGUGAGCCCUGCAGCUGCGCAGGAGGAACCUGCGACCCGCAAACUGGAGACUGCUUCUCGGCCGACGAGACUAGCGGAGACCUCGCCUGUCCUACUGGAUUUUACCGGAACCCCUGGCUGUUCAGCAUCUGUAUGAGGUGUCCCUGUGCUGAAGGAGUGCCCUGCUCGCUGACUGGCGGUGCCCUGGUACCCACCUGCCAUGAAAAACAGUGUCCUCCUGGAACCACCGGCGCUCGCUGUGACGUAUGUGAGGAAGGAUUUUACGGUGACCCUCUGGGGGGCGCUGGUGUGCAGCGGCCCUGCAGGCCCUGCCAGUGUAAUGGUCACAUUGACCUCAGCGUGACGGGAAGCUGCGAUCACAGCACUGGAGAAUGCCUGAAGUGUGUGAACAACACCAGAGGGUGGCACUGUGACGCCUGCCUGCCUGGAUUCUACCACAGCCAGCCGGGCCACGCCUGCAAAGCGUGUGGCUGUGACCCUCAGGGUUCUCACUCUGAGCAGUGUGAUGAUGGGGCUCGGUGUCGGUGCAGACCGGGGUUCGAGGGUCUGAGGUGUCAGCGCUCUAAGUGUCCCGCCUGUUUCACCCCCAUCAAAUCAAAGAUGGAAGCUUACGCUGCCAAAAUCCAAAAGCUGGAAGCUCUGAUGUCAGGUGUGGAUGGAGGUCUGAAACCCACCGGCGCCGCUGAGAUAGAAGCUGUCCUGAGAGCCACCAAGGAUCUGGUGACCAACCUGGAGGACAGCACCGAGGACCUGGCAGAACUGGAGAAAAGUCUACAGAGACGUCUGUCAACCAUCAGCCGGGACCAGCAGACCACAGACCAGGAGAUCGGUGACCUCGCCAACGAAGCUGAUGACAUCAAAUGGCAACAGCAAACAUAUAGAACGAAGGUCAAGAACGUGGAGACGCUGAUUGAGGAGAUGAAACUGAAAUUGAAAGACGCUGAAUCCAAACUCCAAUCAGUUGAGCUCCCUCUUGGAGAUGCACCGUUGGAUUCAGACGUCCUGUCGGCGUUGGUGCCAAAAGCUGCCAGUCUGGCUGAUAAACAUCAGAAUACUGCAAAAACUGUGGAGCGAAGCGCCAACGAAGCCUUGAGCGAUUCCAAGAAGAGCCAGGGGCUGGUCCGAACGCUCCUGAACAAAGAGAAUAAGGUCAAAGAGCUGAUUGGAGGUCUGAAAACCACGUACGAUCAGAUCUCCAGCCGUGUGAAGGGUUUGGAGCGCGAGGCAGUGCGUCUGAGCGACGAGGCCAAAGAUGAAAGCAAGAUGGCAAACAACAUGCUGAAAGAGGUCAACAACAUGGAAAAAGCUCUGCCGCCACCCCUCAACGAGGAGAUGGCCUCCAUGGUGGCCCGGUUGGACAAUCUAAAUCAGGAUCUGGACAACAUCAACAUCAAGGCGCUGCAGGACGAGGUGUCGUGGAACAUUCAACUCAGCGACAUUCUGAUGAACAAACACAAGACCGAGCAACAGGCGUACGACAAGCUGGUGGGCCGCGUGGACGCCGCCAAGGCCAUGACGGAGGAUGCGCUGGGACGCCUGGACACCAACACGCAGGCGCUGGACGAUGUCUUCAACACACUGCAAGGGUUCGACAAGCAGGUUGAUGACAGCAAAGCUUUGGCUGACGCCGCCAUCAAACGGCUUCCAGGCAUCAGCAGCACCAUCCAGCAGGCUGUCAAGGACAACGCAGACACCCAGUCCAUCUUCAGAGACGUGUCUGAGGACUACAGCGAUGCACUGAAGUCCAUCGGACUGCUGGACGACCUGGCCAACAGUCUGGAGGAUACGUUGACGUCUUUGCCUUCUCCUGUUGGACUCGAGCCAGAGGCUACCAAGCUGAAUCUGGACAUGAAAAACCUCCAGACGCAGGCAGCAGGCACAUCCAGAGAGCUCAGCACUGACCUGGAAAAGGCCAUCAGGCAGGAAGCUGAAGCCAGCAAGGCGGCUGUCGGGGCAUCUGCAGCGUACGAGAACGCCAAACAGACCAGAGAUGGCGUGGGACAUACGCUGCAACACAUUAGCAACCUGCUCGCUAACAUCGGCCAGUCCAACACUGUGGACAUGAACCAGCUGCUGGAACUUGAGAAAUCUCUCAAUGCCACAACAAGCAACAUCAACCAGCAGCUGAAACCUCGGCUGAAGAAUGCACUGGAACAGGAAGAGGCUUAUCGACGCCGGCUAGCGGACAUCAACAUGGACAUCGACACUAUCCAGAAGGACAUCUCCAACCUGGAGGAGAUCCUGGAGACCAUCCCUGAUGGCUGCUUCAGCACCACAGCCAUCGAGAAGGCCUGAGCACCACCGCCGGGCCCCCAACUCAACACCAUUCAUCACAGCUGCAGAGUGAAAGUCAUAUCUUCAGAGUUUGAGGUUUUUUGAUGAAUGUUGUUGUUUUAUAUAUAGUAUUUUAAUAAACUUUAUUUAUAUAACAGCUUUGUAUAAUAAGGACAAAGCCUUUUGUAAAAUACAAAUAAAUGUCAAACUCUUUCUUUAUUGAGUCUCACAAAAUGUUCAGCAACAAAUUUGAGUUUUUUUCAGCUGUUAUGGUUCAGGUAACCAGGUGAGGAUUGUCGGCUAGUUCUAGUGAUGGUUACAAAAGUCACAAACCAGUGUUUAAAAUGUCAAAACACAGAGUCCACGUGCACUUUGUCAGGUUAUAAAAUGUUCAGAAAUGAUCUUAACACUGCUCAUCAUGUCUUCGGAUGUACUGAACCGUGUCAAGGUCACUGCUGCAGACAGCUGGUCACUGGAAACCUGGAGAGGUUUCCACAGUGUCUGUUUGGGUGGUUGCCAUCCAGGUGCCAUGUAGCCUAGGUUCUGUAGUGUUUGGGGUGCAGUGAUGUGCAGCAUCAAUGUUUGCUCCCAGAACAAAUGAUCACGUUCACGUUUCUGAUGUUCUGUUGUGGUGUUUGGGUGUUGCGGUCAUCAGCUCCAUAAUAUAUUCCAUAUUAGAUUAUUUUAGAUGGUUGAUCUCCUGUGAUUCUCCUCCAUGAUAGUCAUCUCCUGUGCAUUAUUCUCCGAGUACCUUUACUUCUUGUCCAGUGGUUUCCGGGUUCACAUGUUCUCCCUCUGGUCUCUGGCUCCCUCUAGUGUAGUGCCUCAUGGUGUCCCUCCCAGUUCCUGCUUCAUCAGUGUUCUUUCCUCAUGUUACUGACCCACGCUGCCAUUCCAUGUUUCCUGAGCUUUGCCUGCUGACUCUGGAUUUGCUUACCUGCUAUGACAGGGCUCUGUGCACUGAUCUUCUGGCAGUUCAGUGUUUGCCUGUUUCCUCACGGCACCUCUACCUUGGACAGUUUCCUAUAUCUGACCCUAAACCGUCCCUGCAUUGCUGAAUAAAGAACACUGGACUUACAUUGUGUCUGUUCUCUGCAUUGGGGUCACACAUGAACCUAUUAUAACUUAUUGAAUAUAUAUAUUUUAAAUGUUUCAUUUACUUUUGGUGUUUUUGUUUCUAUUUAUAACUGUAUAAACUGUAUCAGUGAUUUUUU